UACCUGAUUCCUGAACCUCAAAACCUGAUACGGUGAGGUGAGCAGUUGAGACUUGAGAGAGGCGGAGAGCAGAGAAUCAGAGAGGCUGAGAUGAGAACAGACUGAACAGUGGAGACUGGAGACUAGAGAGAGGCGGAGAGCAGAGACUAGAGAGGAAGGUAGAGAAUUAUGGUGGGAUUUAAAAAUAGGUACAUGAUUGUGGAAGUUUUCUUGGAUCCUAAUAGAGAUCUUGCUGCUCAAGAUCCCAUCAUUAUUACGCAAUUUAAUGUCUCAAAAGCAAUCAAGGAUAGCAUUCUUGUCAACUUUGGAGAGUGUGGUCUUGCUUCAUCCCUUGGAUCCUUCCAAGUCAAGUAUGUGAAUCCCAUCACAAAGCUUUGCAUCAUUAGAGCUGCAAGAGAAGAGUACCGAAAGGUUUGGUCUGCCAUCACCAUGGUUAGGAGUAUUGGAAAUUGCCCCGUUCUAUGUAACUUGUUGGACCUAAGUGGGAGUAUAAAGGCUUGUAGAAAUGCAGCCUUGAAGUGUGAUGAGCUAAAAUUUGAGCAGUACAAACUUCUUGUUGGGACUCGUCUCUCAGCUGAUGCUACUCAGCAGAUGCAAAAUUGUCUUGAUAAGAUCAAAGUUUUGGAGCAUUGAAAGUACUGCAUCUGUGGUGACAUACUGCUUAGUCUGGUGUACAAUGCCUAUUGGUUUCAUAUUUCUCUGUCUUUCUGAUUAUGUAUAGAGUCUUUCUCUAAAUUAUUGAGUGUUGUUUCUUUGCCUUUCAGUCAAUUUUCCUGGAAGAGCUGAAUCUCCUCUUCCCUGACACCUUGGGGGCAAAAUUUAUAUAUAUAAAAUUCCUUGAAGAGCUUAUGUCUUA